CAUCUCUCGCGACGGGGGACGUACUUUGAUCAGCUAUGGUUUACUUCCCUUUGCUUACUGCUGCCGUUGCGGCGCUCUCCUUCUUUGGCACUGCUGCUUCCGUGCCUCUCGAUGAGAGGAUCAACGCCAUGUCUCCCAAGGCUCGCAAUCUGCUGAGGCGAGCGACGCCUGCUGCGCCACAUUUUGUGGUGUACAGCGACGCGUACGAGUCCUCGCCGCCGGCUGUAGCUGACAUCAACGGCUACAAUGUCUUUGCUCUGUCUUUCUUGCUCGCGUACGGCGCAGCCGACAACGCUCAGGUCUGGGAAGAACUGGACGCGUCCGACCGGACGACCAUUCUCGACGAGUACCACGCCGCCGGUAUCUCGCUCAUCGUCUCCCUCUUUGGGUCCAGCGAGACUCCAACCUCUUCGGGGUACGAUGCCAUCACUACUGCCCAGACUAUGGCUGCUUGGGUUAUCGAGUACGGACUGGAUGGGUGUGACGUCGACUACGAGGACUUUGAUGCUUUCGAUGCAGGCACUGGUGCUGCUGAGCAGUGGCUUGGUAACUUCACCACUGAGCUCCGGACCCAGCUUACGCAAGGAACAUACAUCCUCACCCAUGCUCCCGUCGCACCAUGGUUCUCACCAACGAUGUGGGGUGGUGGAGGUUACCUCUGGGUGAACGAGAAGGUGGGCGACCUGAUCGACUGGUACAACGUCCAGUUCUACAACCAGGGCGCAACCGAGUACACCACCUGCGACGGCCUGCUGACCAAUUCAUCAUCCACCUGGCCCGAGACCGCACUCUUCCAGAUCUCCGCGUCGGGCGUCACCCUCGACAAGCUCGUCAUCGGCAAACCAGGAACAACCGCAGACGCGACCAACGGCUACAUCGCAGACACCACGCUCGCGACGUGCGUCGCCGACGCGUACGCCGAGGGCUGGAAUGCAGGCGUCAUGGUCUGGCAGUACCCCGACGCGGACGCGUCCUGGAUCGCCACCGUCCGGGGCGACACGUGGCCCGUGAGCGCGGUGCCGACGUCCACCACAACGGCGACGAGCACGAGCGCGUCCGCGACGAGUACGGCGCCCGCUGGGAGCGAGGAUUGUACGGGUAUCGAUGCGUGGUCGUCGAGCAGCGCGUAUACCAGCGGGUCGCAGGUCACAUACGGUGGCUUCCUGUGGACCGCUACAUCGUGGAACGAGGACGAGACGCCCGGGGGAACCGCAGGCGCAUGGACCAGCGACGGCGCGUGCGCGUCCAAUGGCGCCAUCGCGGCCGUCCCGCUCCAGCCUCCGACUGUCACCCAGGCUCCCGCCAGACGAUUCUAAACGGAGGUUAUUUUUACCACCACAUGCUUUCAUGCCGCUUACGUGCUGUAUUUUUGACGACGCUACCCACACUUCUAUCUCCUAUCGUUAUCUGAGACAGUCUCAUGCUUGCGUGGGUUCCACAACGUUUCACGCACCUGGACUACUCCGUUGGGCUCACAAUUGUUUUUCGUAUACUUGGUGGCUUGCAUUCACAUCGCAUCCUUGUAUCAUUGUACGUAUACAUUUGUCCUUUCUGGGGAUACAGUUACACUUGGGAUCAGACUGCGCUCUUUAUCUACGUCGCGUAUGAGUGUUUGCAUGCGUGAUGAGUCCCGACAUAGAUGCGAAGCAAAGAAGACCCGGAGUACGAGAUAAGGUGGCUACUAUACAUCGGAAGGAGAGUUAAAUUUACCAGAACCAGUCAAUGAGGCGCCAUGAUGCAUACGGUAACUGUGUUCCUUUUACGUGCUGUUCUCGUCUUCAGCCGCUUUUUUCAGGCUUUCGCAGACUCGACCUCCCUUUUACCCAUCUCAUACGAUGUUGUCUCGUGCGGUGUCUCCGCCUCGU